AUUUGUUGAAGGUAGCGAUACAAUGUUCGAUUAAAUUUCUCUCAGAUACUACUAAGAUAUUGAAUUUUUCAUUUAGGUUCAAGUGGAAACUUUUCUUGGAAAAGAAUAACGUAUCUACAACUAGUGUGUGGAAUGAUUUUUAUACUGUUCUCAUAUACUCAACUUAAGACUAACUUUAUUCUUCGAAAUUUACGAAAGAAUAAAGAUAAUGGAAUUAAUUCCACGAUAUAUAAAAUACCACAUGGUGGCCUUUUUGAAUAUGUAUCAGGUGCAUUACAAAUUACAGAGAUAAUUAUUUAUAUAACAAUGUCUAUAAUUCUAUGGGAAAGUUUUACAUUUCAUUACAUUACAAUUUGGGUCUUGGUAAAUCAGACAUCUACUGCAGGAUUGACCCACAAAUGGUACAUACAAACAUUUCAGAAUUAUCCAAAAUCCCGAAAAAUUCUGAUUCCUUAUCUAUUUUAGAAAUAAUACAAUCUAAGUAUAAUAAUGUCAUAAACAAGUUUUACUAUACUCAAUAUAUAUGAGUGUAAUAAUAAUAUAAUUUAUAUUGUAUAAGAAUGUUUAGGGGCCACGCGAGAUGCGAUUGCGCGGGCACCACACUAAUGUCAAUGAAUAAAUAAAACACAAGAUGAAA